UCGUUUCUCAUUCCUUGUUAAAAACUUUAGGAAAUCAUGGGUCGCCCCACGUCCACAAUUGAAAUCCCAAAUCAUCAUAAUCGCCGAUACUCGCCAGAUUCCGACGUAUCCGGCGAACAAUACCGUCGCAGGCGAAGCCGCAGUCCAUCUUAUGGCCGCUAUUCACCGGAGCAUCGUCGCCGCCACCGUUCUAUUUCCCUCGAUGAAAGAAGAAGUAGCAGAAGGAGUCGUAGUCAGACCCCCGAAUACAGAAAACCUGUCAGGGAAAAUUACAGGAGGGAGGUAAAUGGUAGGGUUCCUGAGAACGAAUCGGAUGAGGAGUUACGAGGGUUGCCUUAUGAAGAGUAUCGGAGGUUAAAGAGGCAGAAAUUGCGGAAAUCGAUAAGCGAUUGGUUUUGGAAUGUUACGCCUAGUCCUCCGCGUACAGAAAACGAUGCGUUUUAUGAUCAGGAAGAGGUUGAAGAAGACGAGGGAUUGGAAAAAAGUGGUGAAGUGAGGAGAGAGAAUAAAUCUAGGUUAUAUUCGGUCAGUUUGGAAUUGGAAUCGGAAUCGGAAAGCUUGAGUUCUGAAUCGCAAUCUUCGGAAGAUUCUGAUCGUAGACGAAGUAGGAGGAGCAAGAAGAGGAGUUCCAGGCGGAAAAAGAGCAAGAAAUUGACUGAUUCUGAGAUUGAUGAUAGUGAAAGUGAGGAACGAAGGAGGAAGAGGAGUUCGAGAAGGAAAUCGACUAAGAAAAUGAAUGAGUCUGAGGAUAGUGAUAGUGAAAACGAAGAUAGAAGAGUGAAAAAAAGUUCAAGGAGGAAAUCAAGUAAGAAAUCGGAAGAUUCUGAAGAUGAUGACAGCGAUAAUACAGAGAGAAUUAAGAAGAGUUUGUGGAGGAAAUCGAGUAAGAAAUCGGAUGAUUCUGAGGAUGAUGAUAGUGAAAACGAGGGGAGGAAGAAGAAGAGUUCGAGGAGGAAAUCGAGUAAGAAAUCCGCUGAUUCUGAGGAUGAUGAUAGCGAAAACGAGGGGAGGAGGAAAAGAAGGAGCAGGCGUAGAAGAAAGAGGAAGAGUAGAAGUAGCAGAAGAAAGCGAAGGAGAGAUAGUGAUUCCGAGGAGGAAGAUGACAGCCAAAGCGAGGAAGACGAACAAAGAUCGAAACAGAAGAGGGCGAGCAGUAAGAAGAGGAAGGGUGAUAGUGAAAGUGAUGAAAAAGAUGAGAUGAAUGAACUAGAUGAUGGAAAGAUGGUGAUGGAUGAGGUUGAUCCUGAAUUGUUGAAGUACAAGGAGAUGUUGGAAGCACAAAAGAAAGCUGCGGCAUUGAUGAACGAGCCGCCUGUAGGGCCGCAGCCAUUGCCAAAAGCUGAAGGUCAUAUUAGUUAUGGAGGUGCACUUAGGCCCGGUGAAGGUGAUGCUAUUGCACAGUAUGUUCAACAAGGGAAGCGUAUUCCUCGUCGUGGAGAAGUGGGACUUUCUGCUGAUGAGAUUUCAAAGUUUGAGUCACUUGGGUAUGUCAUGAGUGGUAGUAGACAUCAAAGGAUGAAUGCAAUUCGUAUUAGGAAAGAAAAUCAAGUUUAUAGUGCGGAAGAUAAGCGAGCUUUGGCUAUGUUUAACUAUGAAGAGAAGGCAAAACGUGAGUCUAAGGUUAUGACUGAUUUGAAGAGGCUCGUGCAGCGUACCAUUGGUGAAGAUGUUGGUCCUAAUCAUGAUCCUUUUGGUGCCAAGGAUGAUGGUGGUGAUGCUUAAAAGCGAUCCCCCUCAUAGUUUGGGAGCAGAGAAGCCGGUGGAACUGCCUGCCCUACAUUCCAGGUGCUAGGGUGAAUUUGAACUAAGGUACUGAAGAAGACGGAAGAAGUAUACGGUCAACCAGUGAGAUAUUUUCACAUCGUUAUAUUAUCUCUCAUUACAAGAACCAAGCUAGAGAUUAACCAGUCAAUGCAGUCAAAUUUUCAGGAAAGGUUAGCGAAUUGUUUUCUUCAGGCUUCUUGGCUCUACUUCCAAGUGCUUGAAUGUGAAGCGUGGUUGACUUUUUUCAUGUUUUCUGAAAGUUAUGAAUGAUUUCGAGAGCAUAAGAUAGGGUCAAUCGAAAACACUACAUUAGUGCACACAUUGUCAACAGUGUUGUUGUUUUUUGGGUUAAGGGUGAAGAAGAUCAUUCAUACUACUGAGAAGGUGUGCUCUUAGCUGAAAUUCUUGAGCAGUGGUUUUGUUGGGGGCCUUGUUCCUUUACAGUAGAAAUAAUUACGCAAUCUUGCUACAUUAGAAAGAUAACUCAUCAUUAUUAUCAUUAUUCUUUAAGGUACGUAUGGGUCCAUGGGGCUCUUCCUAUUCCCAGGAUAUACUCUAUGGCAUGAACUCAGGUGAUGUUGAUCCCGGUACUAAUCUUCGGAGAUGAGUUCCACACCCUUGUGCUGUUAUGCUCUAUAUUUUUAGUCUCCCACCGUUAAAAUUAAGAUCUUUUUUUAUUUUUUAUUGUAGACGUGUAGUCUCCCAAUGAUUUUCUUGGUUACAGAUUAGUAAUAGAUGGGCCGAUGAAAGUAUAGUCUUUGCUCUCGAUCCAUAUGUUGUGCAACAAAAUAUUUUUGAAGUGGAUCUAAAUGGCAAUUAGUUGUAUUUAGUUUGUUCUUUUUUGAUUUUUCGUCGCUCUUGUAAAUUUGAUGAUGCUUUAAGUAUUCUAAUUCGUACUUCGUUGUAAAUAAUUGAUUUUUGAAAAAAUGUAAAAUGGUUGUAGUUUCUGGAUCUGUUUCUUUAAAAGCCUACAAUGUCUUCAAGGCUCGACAACAGGAUUAGAUAUUCUCUAAAGAGCAUCGAAGUCAGUGAAGAAAAAAAUAAAUCUCCAAGUCUAGUGCACAUGCAUGUUUUGGUGAUCAAGCUCUUGGACAUGAUACCAUUUUCAUGAGAAUGUAUUCAUAUUAGAAGUUAGUAAAAGAAACAUUAGUAAGAAGGGCAUUCAAAUUCUUGAAGGUAGUAGCAACUAGCAAGGAUAAAGGAUCAUGGUUUUAAUGCAACAGCUGAUUGUGUUCUCACUAGUGGCAUGGAUUUCUCGGUUUCCAAUCCCUCAAAUUCCUUCUAAGUAGAAGCUCGAAAUUGAAGUCUUUUAAUGAUAUUACGACAAUUGAAGAUACAUUUUUUUUUCUUUAGAAUCUUGAUGUGUUUUAUUUCACACUUGAGUAUUGACUUUUUUUUGUUUGUGUAUCGGUUUUGGUUUUAAUUUAGUUGGAAAUGUAUCGAUAUAGAUCCUCUUCUUAUUUGCUGCCUUAUUAUUUUUUCUCGGUUAUUUUAAAUAGAUUAAUAUUAGACUAUCUCA